GGGGGAAUGAGCCUAAUGGAACAGCCAGGACCUGUCACCACCCGGCCUGGGAUGCUCUACCCCUCGGCCUCCUCUCUCCACUACCUCGUUCCUAUCUCUCCGUCUCCCGAAGCAGCAGCCAGCCCCGCGCCCGGCAGCAUGUUCAGCUGGGUCAGCAAGGAUGCCCGCCGCAAGAAGGAGCCGGAGCUCUUCCAGACGGUGGCCGAGGGGCUGCGGCAGCUGUACGCGCAGAAGCUGCUGCCGCUGGAGGAGCACUACCGCUUCCACGAGUUCCACUCGCCCGCGCUGGAGGACGCCGACUUCGAUAACAAGCCCAUGGUGCUCCUCGUGGGCCAGUACAGCACGGGCAAGACCACCUUCAUCCGGCACCUGAUCGAGCAGGACUUCCCGGGAAUGCGCAUCGGGCCCGAGCCCACCACCGACUCCUUCAUCGCGGUCAUGCACGGCCCCACCGAGGGUGUGGUGCCGGGCAACGCGCUCGUCGUCGACCCGCGGCGCCCCUUCCGCAAGCUCAACGCCUUCGGCAACGCCUUCCUCAACAGGUUCAUGUGUGCCCAGCUGCCCAACCCGGUCCUGGACAGCAUAAGCAUCAUCGACACUCCUGGGAUCCUGUCCGGAGAGAAACAGCGCAUCAGCAGAGGUUACGACUUCGCAGCUGUCCUGGAGUGGUUUGCUGAGCGGGUCGACCGCAUCAUCCUGCUCUUUGACGCCCACAAGCUGGACAUCUCUGACGAGUUCUCCGAGGUCAUCAAGGCCCUCAAGAACCAUGAGGACAAGAUCCGUGUGGUGCUGAACAAAGCCGACCAGAUUGAGACCCAGCAGCUGAUGCGGGUCUACGGGGCUCUCAUGUGGUCCCUGGGGAAGAUCAUCAACACCCCCGAGGUUGUCAGAGUAUACAUCGGCUCCUUCUGGUCCCACCCACUCCUCAUCCCUGACAAUCGCAAGCUCUUUGAGGCGGAGGAACAGGACCUCUUUAAAGACAUCCAGUCUCUGCCCCGAAAUGCUGCCCUCAGGAAGCUCAAUGACCUGAUCAAGCGGGCACGGCUGGCCAAGGUCCACGCCUACAUCAUCAGCUCCCUCAAGAAGGAGAUGCCCAAUGUCUUUGGUAAAGAGAGCAAAAAGAAGGAGCUGGUGAACAACUUGGGAGAGAUCUAUCAGAAGAUUGAGAGGGAGCAUCAGAUCUCCCCCGGGGACUUCCCAAGCCUCCGCAAGAUGCAGGAACUCCUGCAGACUCAGGACUUCAGCAAGUUCCAGGCCUUGAAGCCCAAGCUGCUAGACACAGUGGAUGACAUGCUGGCGAAUGACAUUGCCCGGCUGAUGGUGAUGGUUCGCCAGGAGGAGUCCUUGAUGCCCUCCCAGGCUGUGAAGGGCGGUGCCUUCGACGGCACCAUGAACGGGCCCUUUGGGCACGGCUACGGCGAAGGGGCCGGCGAGGGCAUCGAUGACGUAGAGUGGGUAGUGGGUAAGGACAAGCCCACCUACGACGAGAUCUUCUACACACUAUCGCCUGUCAAUGGUAAGAUCACGGGCGCCAAUGCCAAAAAGGAGAUGGUGAAAUCCAAGCUGCCCAACACGGUACUGGGGAAGAUCUGGAAGCUGGCCGACGUGGACAAGGAUGGGCUGCUGGAUGAUGAGGAGUUUGCCCUAGCCAACCACCUCAUCAAAGUCAAGCUAGAGGGCCAUGAGCUGCCUGCCGACCUGCCCCCACACCUGAUCCCCCCCUCCAAGCGGAGGCAUGAGUGAGCGUAGCACCCCCGCCCGGCAGGGCUGCUGUGGGGAGGGGAAGGGCCAUAAAGACUGAGCCAUGAUUCUGCAGCUCUUGCAAAGAAAAACCACCAUCUUUCUUUUCAGGCCGUUCCUGGGCCCAGCAGGGAGGCGGGUAAUAGUCGUAUGUGAAUGAUGGAAUUUUGUGCACAAGAACUAUGGAUAUUUUUAAUAUAUAAUGUUAGAGGCAGUAUUCUUUCGUGCCUCCUCCGUCUGACAGCCCCAUGCACACAAGCCCCUGUCCUGCCCUGUUCUCCUCUGCUGUACAGCAGCGCCUCCCAUGGCUCACUGACCUCCCUAUCCUGGCAGCUGCGGGGGCCCUGGGGCCCUGUGUAGACAGGAACCCCAGGAUUCCAGUUCAUUUCUGAGUUUGAGUGCUACUUUGCUGGGCCAGUGGCUCCUGCCCUGUCCAGCUCUGCCCUCUCCCCCUGCUCCUGGAUUGACUUGGUUCUGGUGCCUUCUUCCCUUGCCCUGCCAUGCACAGGCCUUGCUCUUUGUUCCUAUCCACCCCCCGCCCCCAGCUUGACUACCCCAACUACCUUUAUGAGGUCCAGGGGAUGAGCAGGGAUGCGAGAACAUUUCCCAGAAAAACAUAAGCUAGCUGUGUUCUGUAAAGUGACACCUUCCGUACUUGAUGGAAUUUUCAGUAACUGCCCAACCACUUGUUCAGAAGCUGUGAUUUCUGUCUCCUUUCCCACAGUCCACCCAGGGGCCAUUGGAUGUGCAGAGUACACCAUUGGGAACCCCAGAGUUUGUGUUUCCUGCUUUUCCCUUUCACUUUCCCGGAACAUUCUGGUUUGCCUCCUCCCCCACCUCGGCUGGGUGGUGGGCCCUCACGGACCUGGCAGGCUCGGUGCUCCAACCUGGGCCUAGUUUUCCAGACAGCAGAGACCAGGGACAGCGCAACCCCUUCCCUCCUCCUGUGACCAUUCAUUUCCCAUGGAAGCUCUGUCCUCCCUCCUCCCAUCAAGCAAAGGAGGGCAGCGUAUGUCUUGGAUCUCCUGAAAAUGACCUCCUUCCAGGCUGAGCAUCCAGGCUGCCUCGUCAGCUUUGCUGUGGCCAGGUUGUCCCAGCACACCCAGAGGGCCUGGAUGCACUUGCUGGUUCCUCACGGGCCCCUGGUGGGGGAGCAAGCUUCGCACCAGGCACUCCCAGGGUAGGUCUCAGGGACUUCUCCAUCUGACCUCUUCUGGCCCCCACCGAGCCCUUCAGUGCUGCUCUCUGGGCCUCCACUGGGUCUGACUCCCUGGCACUGGCCUCUGUACCUGCAGCUGGCUUUGGCCCACCACUGUGCAGCAUUAGGGGAGGAUGGAGGCAGCCUCCUGGUCGGGAAGUCACUGCAAGGUGCUGUGGCUCAUCUGCACUUGGCUUUGGGAAGAAAGGGCAACUGAAGACAACUUUCUUUCUUGCAUUAAAAAAAAAGUUUAAUUGUGCCGAA